AAGAAAUUUUUUAAGCAUUCAGUUCGUUUCGAUCGUUCGCAGUGGUGAUUGUGAAAGUUUGUGAAAUUUUUUUCGUUAAUACGUUGAAACAUCAAAGAAGUGAAUUCGAAGCUUACCUAAAAGCUUCCGAUAACUAUCUUCGUUAAACACAACGAAGGAUAUUUUAAAGGAUAUACGGAAAAUCCGAAAAUCAACAGAAUGCACACACCGAAAACCACAGGUUGGGCAUUAUUCGCCCUGUUAUUCAGCAACACCCUCCUUCUUACCUAUGCCUACCCGCAAUCAGUGAAACAAGCGAGCCCGUACCAAGUGCAACAACGAAACUAUGACGAAGAACAACAACAAAUCCAAGAAAUUCAACAACAAAUCCAGGAACAACAACAGCAACAACAACAAUAUCGAUCACCAGUUUAUCAACCCCAUCAAGCAAACACAAGGAAAUUCGUAGCAAAACCCAAUGCCCUGAAAAAAGUCGCCCUUGAUGACAUCGACGAUGAUCUUCAGAGCAAUCAGAUCUCUGAGACAACAGGAUUCUCAUGGUCCAACUUGUUGGCAACAUUCUUGCAAGUGUUCUUCAAUAACGGAGGAAAUUCACCAACGAAGUCCGAUGAUUUGGAUGGUAGCGCUGGAUUUGGACAAUCACCAUGGGCUAAUGUUAUCUCAGUUGGCUUGAAAAUCAUCACCACAUUGUUGGGCGGUGGAGCACCAAAUGAUGGAAUAGAUAAAGUUGAUAACGGAGGAUCGCCACUACAGGGUAUCUUAGCCGCCGUCCUAUCAUCCCUCCUUGGAACUAAAGACCCGGAACAAGUCAAUUCAAUGGCUAAACAAGCUGGCGAGUUCAUCAAUAUCGUCAUGAAUUUACUGGAAGCACUGAAGACAUCGUUCUCCCAUCGUUCACUGGCCGCCCGUUCGAUUGGAAAACGUGACUCAGUUAGCGAUGCCGCCGUAGCUGGAAUCUCCAUGUUGAAGAGCUACAUCAGGACCUACCGGAGCUCCGAAGAUAAGUGCAUGCAAAAGUAUCUGUGCGAUGCAAAUACAGAGUGCAUUUCGGAAAUUGGAGGAACAAGCAUAUUCUGCCAGUUGGGAACAUACGCCACAAGUUUCAUCCUAGAACAUCAGACCGGAACAAGAUUCGACAACUUGUAUGAUGCAGGACGACGUGGACGAUCUGGUGAAAAUUGCCGACAAAUCUAUUUGGAGUGCAACGAAGUGUAGAUACUUUCCUGACUGAUCCUUAAAUUAGACAUUGUUCCAACAAUAUCUGAACGAAUUAUUUUAUAAUAAUUUGCAAUUAUCUAUAAGUUUCUCUAGACCACCUUGAACUGUAGCUUGUUAUUUUUGUCGCUUGCAUAGUUAGGUAGCCGAACAGUUAUUUAUCUUUCGUAGUACUACUUAUUUAUUUCUUGGCUUAUGAUUGUGGGUGAAAGCUACAUUUCUUAAUCCUUAAUAUCUUUUCGGCAUCCUAUUUGUACUUGAAAUAGCUGAAAUUUGAAUAAGGACACACAUUUCUUACGCACUUUACUUACAACUCUUGACUUACCUGAAUCUUACUAGAGACUAUGGACGAGGAACGACAUACUCACGUGAUCUACUUCAGUUGCUUUUGUGUAUCUUUUCAAAUUUCGCUUCUAAGGAGAAAUUUUCGGAAACUGUGUUCUAUUAGUUGUCUGUUAAUGCAUGCAGUGAGUUAGUAUUUCUGUUCUUAUGAUUGCAUAAUUUUUUAUGUACCUUCGCAGUCGAUACUGACAAAUUAUUACUUGUAAUAAUUUAUCGUAAUUU